AUGUCGGAGCAGCUCACCUUUGCUGCCUCCUCGGCCGCGGCCCUCGAACCGCACCUGCCCCCGGCUCGAUCAUUGUCGGCUACACAGACAAGCACGCCCACUGCUUUUCCUGCUGCAGCCUCAUCUGACGGCACCGCGAGCGGGCGGCGGGAGCAGCGGCGCCCGUUCGUCACGCUCACGUUCGCCACGUCGCUCGACUCGACGCUCGCCCUCGCGCCGGGACUGCGCACGCGCCUCUCGGGCGCCGAGUCCAAGGCCAUGACGCACUACCUGCGGUCGCGGCACGACGCCAUCCUCGUGGGCGUGUCGACGGUGCUGGCCGACGACCCGGGGCUCAACUGCCGCAUCGCCGGCGUGCAACAACAGCAGCAGCAGCAGCCGCGGCCCAUCGUUGUGGACCCGCGCCUCCGCUGGACUCCGCGCCGCGCCGACAAGGUCCUCGAGCUGGCCCGCGCCGGGGCCGGGCUCGCGCCGUACGUCCUCACCGCCGUGUCCGAGGCCGACGUGCCGACGGGGAGCGCUGCGAUGCUGCGCGAGCACGGCGGCAAGUACAUCCACGUCAAGUCAUCUCCUUCUCCUCCUUCAUCUACUAACGCCGCCGCCGCCGCCCCCGGAGGGGGGGGACAAGAUGACGACGGGGGGUCGCCGGCGGCGGCCGCGAGGAGGACGUUCCGCUGGGAGGACAUAUUCGCCGCGCUGGCCGCCGAGGGCCUCGCCAGCGUCAUGGUCGAGGGCGGCGGUCGCGUCAUCAACGCGCUGCUCCAUCCGGACUGCCAGGGGCUCGUGGACUCGGUCAUCGUGACCAUUGCGCCGACGUGGCUCGGCCGGGGCGGCGUCGUGGUCUCGCCGGAGCGGGUCACGGACGCGCACCACGGCGGGGCGCCCGUCCCGGUCCCGGCGGCCAGGUUGUCCGGCAUCUCGUGGAUGCCGCUCGGGGAGGACGUGGUUCUGUGCGGCCGGCUGCAUCCGUAG